AUGUAGUGGGACAAAGCAAAAAUAUCUAAGCUUUAAGAGAAGGAAUCCAAUUCCAAAAUGCACAAAAUUGUACCUUUCUAGUUGAUAAUUACUAGGAUUUCAAGAAGUGGCACAUUUAGUGAAGUUCUCAUUUGUUGGGCUAAAGUAGAGCUCUACCACCGACUCACUCCUCUCAUACAACACAACACACUGAAAUCUGCAAGAUUUAACCCAAAAAAACCCCAUUUUGAUACUCCACAAAACAAGAAAAAAAUUCCAUUUUAAUUGCUGUUACUGAAGAAGAACAGAUAAAGAAGAGAUGAAUUGAAGGGUAGCUAUUGAUUUGAAGAAAAGUUGAGACCUUUUAGGUGGUUGUUUGUAAUGGAAAAACAGAAUAUCUCAGAAACCCUAGUGGAGGGUUCUGUGGAAUGUAAACCAGUUUUAAGUCAAAAUUCAGAUGGUAAAACCCUAGAAGAGGUUUCUGUUCUACCUAGCUUAAGUGAGAGUUGUGCUGUUUCUGAGUUGGUCACAGUCACAGAGGUUCCAUCAAGUGAAUGUUAUGGUGUUGGAAGUGAUAAUGUGCACAAGAAUAUAGCAAAUGGGGAUGAUGACUCUGAGUUAGUGGGAGUGGGGUUUGAGCCGGAGCUAGUGGAUGGAUAUGAUAACAUUGAUUCAGAGGGAGUUAAGAGUGAGGAGAAGUUAGCAAAUGUGGAUGAUAAUAAUGAUUUAGAGGGUGUUGGUACUGAGCAGAAGCUAGUGGAUGGUCAGGGGACAGUUGAGAGUGAGAGUAAGCUUCUAAAUAUGGAUGAUUAUAAUGGUCUCGAGGGAGUUGAGAACAAGUUUGGAGAUGUGGAUGAUGCUAUUGAUUUAGAGGCACUUGGCCUGGAGAACGAGGAUGUUACUCUUGAGAAUCUGAUGGAAGGAGGGACUUUGAAACAUGAAAAUCAAGAAUUGGGGACAAUAAUUCCAGAAACUAAUGAAAUAAAUGAUGGUGAUGUACCGGCUGCGGAAUCGGGUGCUGAUUUUAAUGAGUCUCAGUAUAAUGGGGUUGAGAAAAUUGGUAUGGUUGAUGCUGUCGAAGCGAUUGACACGUCAAAUGUGCACGUAAAUGAUUCCCCUACAAAGAUAGAAGUUUCUGGAGAUGGUAUUUCUCUGACAGUGGAUGUAUUUGGUCCAUCGGAUGGAAUGUACCCUUUCCAUAAUUCAAGCUAUAAAGAUGUGCAAAUGUUGGGUGGUAAUGGUCCAGAUUGCAUGUUUUCCAUGAAAACUGACAGCCCUAUGGGUGUCAAUGGGAACGAAGCAGAAGGCGAUGUCAGUGAUAAUCAACAACACAAUUUUGCUGUUGGUGACUUAGUAUGGGUAAAAUUGAAGACUGACUUGUGGUGGCCGGGAAUGAUUUGUGAUCCGCACGCAUCGAAAGAUUCUGGGAAGUGUGAUCAAAGGGAUUGGUUCUUUGUUAAGCAUUUUGGUAACACUAAUUCUGUCUGGUGUCGGCCAUUCCAGUUAAAGCCCUUUAUAGAGUAUUUUGCGCUGAUGUCUCGCCAGAAUAAGUCUAGAAGCUUUUAUGGUGCAAUAGAGAAGGCUUUGGGCGAGUUUGGUAGGCGUGUAAAACAGGAGAUGACCUGUUCUUGUUUUUCAAAAGAAAAUCAAGUUGCUGCUCAAAAUUUUCCUUCAAAGGAAGACAGGAGUGGGGGUAGUGUUUUUUCGGUAUCUCAAUUUGAGCCUACAAACUUUCUUGAAUUCAUCAAAUUCCAUGCUUUGGGUCUUCGUAGCCAAGGUAAUAUUGAGUUCACAGUUACUGAGAAUUGCCUAUUGGCCUUUUACAGAUCAAUAGGCCAUAAGCAAUUGCCUUUGUACAAACUCAGGCCAACAAAUAAUCUGAUAUCAGAAAGCAGGGAUGAAGAUCUAGACAAGCUGUCUAGCAGUGAUAGUGUCCUUAAGAGCUGUAGAAGUGGUUCUGAUGAUUGUAAAAUGACUGAGAUGGAGCUGUCUGGCUCAUUGGAAUCUCCUAGAGGAAUGAGGAGCAUGAUAUCCCGUUCCCAUAUUGCGAAUGAAAAUGCCGGAGGAAAAUCUGAAAAAAGUUUCGAGUCAAGAGAACGGAAGAAGAGCAAGUACCUGUCAUAUCCUUAUGUAAACAGUUGGGCCCCCCGUAAGAAUUCACCUGGCCAGGGAGAAUAUGAAACUGAAGAUUGUGAGGAAGUUUCUCCUGGAGGAGUAAAGAGCUCCUCCAAUCCAUCUAUGGUCUCCACUCAAAUUGGUAAUAGCAGUAACAAGAACUCACUAAGGAGAGUGAGGAAAUCUGUUACUGACAAUGGCAUUUGCAAUAAUGCAGAUUUCACUGCUGCCUCUUCAGCAGAGAUUCUCCAAGAACUAUGUCAGACAGCUAUUGAUUGCUUCUUUCCUAUUCAAAGCACGUGUUCCAUUCCAAUCCAGGAUUUUUUCUUGAGUUUUAGAGCAUUCAGAGAUCCUGAAGUUCAGAUGGAUGAAACUACUUUAGGGUGUCGGGAAACUUUCGAGUCUGAUAAUAUUUUGGCCUCUGGAGGAUAUGAUCUGCAAGUUGAAGGACAGCCUCCUCCGAGUGUUCUCCCCAAGAAGAGAGGUAGAAAGAAAAGUGAUGACAUAAAUGCAACUGCUCCCAAGUUUAGUUCUAAAACCAACUUACCCAGGAUGACUGCAGAUAGUACCAGUAUGAAUGGCUCUGUCCUUAUUCAUUCUGUAGAGACAGGACCUGAUACACUCAAAAAGGGAGGAGUUCACAGAAAGAGAAAGAAGGCGACAAUUGCAGCUGUGGUUCAUAAUGAGAUUGGGGUAUUGUGUGGAUUACCAGACUUGAAUGGAAAUAACGCAGGCUUGUCAGUUGAAAAUAUGCAGGUUAUAGGUCCUGCCCCUACUCAAGGUAAACUUGAACCUAAGAGGAGGGGGAGGAAGAAGGAAGAGUUGGUUUCUGAGAAUCUGCCAGAUGUGAGUAAAAGCAACACCCAGUUUAUUCCACUGCUGAAAAGUGUGGAAGUCACUGGCUCGAUACCCUUGGAAGGUGGUCCUCAAACAGAUAACAUGUUGGGGGUACAGGGGGCCUCUUCGCUCCUGAAUGCUGAACUUUUAGCUGGACAACCAAAUGCCAAUGAAAUUCAUGCUGCAUGUAGCUCAUUACCAAAUAAUUCACAGAUCACCGGUCUUGUUUCCUCUGCACAAGCUGAAGGCAAGAAAAGGAAAAUGAAGGAGAAAGCAUUAAAUAUUCAGAAUAAUUCUUCAGCCCUACCAGAUUUGAAUGGACAGGUCACAGAUCAGAAUAUGAAGGGAAAGGAGUUCACAGAAUUGAGUUCUGUCACAGGUCAAGAUAAACCCAAGCAAAAAAGGAGAAGAGCUACUAAAUCUGCUGCCAUUGGGAUACCCAAUUCUAAUGGAGAUCAUAACACACUUCUGUUAUACUUUACACCGGGUUCACCGGUGCCUUCUAAAGAGUAUAUCACUGCUACCUUUGCCAGUUUUGGUCCGCUAGAGGAAUCCAAAAUUCUGUACCUAAAUGAUUCUACUGCCCAGGUUGUCUUUGUAAAGGAUAGUGAUGCUAUGGAAGCCUUGCAGUGUUUACAAAGCAGAAACCCGUUUGGACCUGCCCUUGUCAGUUAUCGCCUCCGUCAUGUUUCAACUUCUGACAACAAACAGACGGCACAUUCUUUUCUGCCCGCGGAUGCACUUCAUCCCCCAGCUGUGCUUUCUGGAGCAGUACCUUCAAAUGGUGAGGGACCUGAUCUGGUCGUCAUAAAACAGAAUCUGGAGUCAAUGACAACAAUGCUUGAGAAGGCUGGUGAUAAUAUUUCCCCUGAGAUGAAAGCCAAGUUGGAAAGCGAGGUGAAAGGCUUCUUGAAAAAGGUGAGCACCAUGGUUGGUUCUUCUUCGUCAUAGUUGAUAAUAAAAUGUUGUAGUUCCUUAGUUGGCAUUGAAACUGUGUAUCUAAUUAAUUAGGAUAUUUAUGCGAGGCUAGUAUCUGUUGUCGAGAACCCCGUGUUUUAUGUCGUCUCGUUUGCUAUUUAUUUUUCAGUAGAACUGCUGGACCUGUUCUAUGUGUUGCUUAGCUGUUGCCUUCUUAUUGAAUGGAUGUUCGACAACCUUAAUGCCUA